UAACUUUGAUUUGAAAAGGAAACCAAUCAACUCAUAGAUAUACAUAUUAUUAAAGAUUAGCUUUAAGUUAUUCGCUUGUUAGAGGGAUAGAUACCCAUGCUAUUUCUGUCAGUCAGUUUGUUUAGCCUGACGGACGUUGCUUUUAACUUUCGAGCAAAUCGUAAUCACUUUUACCUGGCUACCCAACAAUACGCACCUAACUGCCAGACAAAACGAGCCAACAAACCGCGAAAUAGCCGAGUAAUAUCAUUGAACGCAAACAAUAAUCAUGCACAAUUUGAUUAAGAGCCGUGCCCUCUUCGAGAUCUUAAAGAAGCCAUUGCCGCCAAACUAUUUUAAUGAUGAUGGCGACGGCGAUAAGGAGAAUUCAGAAGGUGAUACCAGCAAUCCGGCAGGGCAUCUAAGUGUCAAUGCCAAAGAAUUUGUACCGCGCUCCAAGAAGGAAGAGAGUUCCGAUGAUGAUGAUGAUGAUGAUGAUGAGUUUGCUGUGGAUUUGACCGAAAUAAAGAAACGGUUCGAGAUUCUGGAUGCGCAGAAAACGAAUGCUGCUGCUGCGGACAAAGUCGAUAUGGAUAAAAUUAAGAAAAUGUUUGAGGCUCUGGAUAAGGAUAAGUCGUCGGCUAUGGUGGUGCCAUGGAAAGGAUUUCCCAAGAGAUACGAGCGACCUUCUCUCAGUGCACAGGUGGUGCUGAUCGAUGAUUCGGAGUACGUGCUUGUACCUCGCAGCAAGGGAAAGAAAAUGUCACAGCAAGAGAAGCUAUUUCUGAAAAAUUCAGCCGAUUACAUGAAAGAUGAAGAUCAGAAGAAUAAGGAUCCACAUCCUUCCGAAGCCCCACCGCUAUGUCCGUACACCCAUGAGAAGUCAUUGCUUGCCAGGGAGAGGCGUUGCGAGCAGAAUAGAAAGGUGGCUCUGGAAGCCUUGAAAUUGGUGGAACAAAGACGCAUGAGGGCUCCUUUGGUACGCUCUUCGGAUCCGGGCAAGGAGAAUUUCGGUGAGGCCCAGCCGGUUGUGCAUCUGUCUCGAUCGCCCAUUAGAUUUUCAGUGGAGGAUCGUAUUAAAGUGGAUCGUCUGCGAGCCGCCAAGAAGGAGCGCAUCGAGUGUGCUCUUUUGGAAAUUUCUAAAGAGAAGAAGAUGGCGCAAUCGAUGCACUUGCUGCAGGAGCAGAGAAAGUGUGCAGUCAGCAAACUAAAAGAGCGCGAAAAUAUCCAGACUGCGGCUUCGGUGGCCACGGUGACCACCAAAAGAUUUAUACCCACCGCCAAGGAGUGGAACGAGCAACGUCGACUAAAGUUCUUGAAACCGGAAAAGAAUGACGUGAUCCCGGUGGCUCCUGAGAAACCAGUGGCCACCAUGACCGCCAAUAGAUAUAUACCCACCAACAAGGAAUGGGACGAAAAGCUUCGGGCCAAGCUCAAGGCUAAAACGGAGACCGUAAAGGAAAAUAUUCCAGCUAUAACCAAGUUGCCUUUGAGCGUAAAGAAAAAUAUUCCAGCUAUAACCAAGUUGCCUUUGAAGGAAUCCAAUGGCGCCUAUAACACCACAUCGCUGUCUUCGGUGUUUGUGAAGAAGGUUGAUCCUGGCAUCACGGCCAAACCAUCGUGCUCACAGCCAACUAAACAACUCGAGGCGGAGAAACGCAAAGGAAAUAUCACUUAUUUUCAAACGAUUAUUAAUUGGACAAAUCGCAAGACUUUUAAAGCUCCGAUAAUGGCAAUCGUUAUCAAUCAGCAGAUGGAGAGUCAGCAAAAAGCAGCUCAACAGGAAGUUUGUCAAAUGAAAAAAGCAAGCGUGCAACGUUAUAGUAUUGAGGAAUUGCUGAAGUUGGAACCGCAACCCGAAGAUCUUGAAGAUCCUAAUAUCAAGGCGUUGUGUAGUCUUAAAAUCUUGCGCAAUUGAUCUAAUGAGCAUUCACAACUCUUCACAACUUAUUAGACUUUUAUUUGUAUCGAUUUGUAUUCGAUGUGGUUCAGUUUCUGUUUCUAUUU